AGCCCUUCCUGGUCACAUGACACAUGGGUGGCUGAAAACACGUCCGUGGUCGCUGAUUGUUGACAAUAUCAUAAUUUUCAGAUGGCAGGCUGAGUCCCGAGAGUCAUGUCUCUCCCAGCCCCUCGCUCCACCUCAGGGUUCACCUUCGAGUCGGCCGUGCACGCCGCCCACGUCCUGCGCCGCCUGGACGAGCAGCGGCGGCGGGACGCGCUGUGCGACGUCACCGUGGCGACGGGCGACCAGCACUUCCGCGCGCACGCCGCGGUCCUGGCCUCCUGCAGCGACUUCUUCCACGGGCGCGUCAGCGGCCUCACGGGGAGCCACGCCGUCAUCACCCUGCCGGAACAGGUUACGGCAGAAGGCUUCGAACCUCUGCUCCAGUUCGCCUACACCUCCAAGCUGCUCUUCACCAAAGACAACAUCCAUGCCAUUCACCAGAGCGCCGAAGCCCUGGGCUUCCACAACAUGGAGAGCGCCUGCUUCAACUUCCUCCUGCCCAAGUUCUCCAGCAGCCAAACCCCCGUCAAGGAAACUGACAGAAGAAGAUGCUGUCAGACUAGGCCUCCCGCCCUUAAGCGUGGAAUGAAGACCGGCCAAGCGGAUAGAGGCAAAACAGUGCCUUCGGAAGACCCCCGGAUCGUGUUCCCAUCCCAGUGUCCCCUAAACCCCCAGCCCAGCAUGUCGGGAGAAGAAGAAGAAGAAGAAGAAGAAGAAGACGGGUUCUGUCUGGAGACCUACGCCUCUCGCAUGCCAGGGAUUACGGGCGAGGGUGUGUGUCCGAUCCUGUCCCUGCCUUGCCCUGAGGCGACCGCCAACACCACAGCCACCACCACCACCACCACCACUACCACCAGCACAGAGCCAGAUCUACCCUCUUCGUUCUGCCAAAGAGACCUUCUGGAUCUGGGUGGUGAGUCCGAUGAACACACCCUGGACUUGCCGCUCUGCAGCCUUCGCUGCCCCAUGUCCACCUCCUCCUCUCCGGCCCUGCUCAGUGUGACCCCUGCCGACCUUCUGGAUCCCGCCGGGGGCCCCACGGGCCCCAACAACCCCAACCAACCCGUGGAGACCAUGGGCGCCGAGAUCGAGUGCAGCCCCGCCUCUUGUUGCCUCGUCACGGCCGAGACCCACCGCGUCCCCCCCAUGGCCGGGCUCCCGGAGCGGGGGGUGGCGGCAGGGGCGGGGGCAGGCGCGGAGGACCGAUCCGGGCUGGACGACGUGGGUCUCCCGGAGCCCGCCGCAGGGCUCCCGCCGGGCCUGGACCUGACCCAGGAGGACGUUGUGGCGUGCGGGCAGAGGAGCAGCGUGGAGAGGGAGGUGGCGGAGCACCUGGCGACGGGCUUCUGGCCCCACCUGGACCCGGCGGACCCCGGGGACCAGGGCACCAUGGCCAAGGCGGCCGACUUCCACUGGCUGAAGCAGCUGGACCUGAGCUCCAGCACCGGGGACUGCCCCUUCCUCCGAGACCUGGGCGGCGUGGGGGACGUGCCCGGCGACGUGCCCGAGGCCGCGGCCGGCGUCGAUAGCCUGUCGCUCUCGGAGAGGAGCCCCUACAUGUCCUCGUCCCUGAACUCCGCCGACGACUCGGACGUGGACACGGAGGAGGACGACAAGGGUGGAGAAGUGGUGGCUGAGGUGCAGCUGCCCUUCCCCGUGGACCUGAUCUCCCGCCUGAGCCGCAGCGCCUUCCAGCAGCUCCUGCGGCAGCACAAGCUGUCCGCCGGGCAGCUUGAGUACGUCCACGACGUCCGCCGUCGCAGCAAGAACCGCGCGGCGGCACAGCGCUGCAGGAAGAGGAAGCUCGACAGCAUCCAGACGCUGGAGGUGGAGAUCAACACACUGCAAGAGAAGAAGAGGCGGAUGAUGGAGGAGCACGUCCAGCUGGAGCAGGACCUGGGCACCGCCCGACGCAACCUCUCCAAGUUCAGCAAGACCGUCGGCGAGCAGUCGGACCCCCAGCAAGACCACCUUCAGCUCCUCGCCAAGGUCUCAGCCGCCGACUGCCCUGCGUCUUCCCUCCUCGUGAAGCCGGGUCAGGAAGAACCGUUCCCCGACCCCGACCCCCAGGCGCUCCUUGGCAUCCCGGGGGGCCCUCCACCCCCCUCGACGUGGAGCCCCGGCAGCGGGUCGCUCCCAGCCCAGGACCCUCAGGCCUUCAGCUGGGGGACGGAGUCGGAGGAGGCUGCGGGGUCUUCGGAGGCCUGACCCGGCCUCCGGCAGGAACGCUGGUCUCUGGCCGACGCCCUUUAGCAGGGGCGCCGAAAAGGGGGGGUAAAGGAGACGGAUUCUAGGGGCCCAUGAUGGAGGGGGGCCCAGAGAGGCCCCUAAUGAUGAUGAAAUUAUAAUACAGAAGGCCCUGUAAAGAUUAUUUUCAUGGGGCCCAAAAUCCCUAGCGGCGCCCCUGCCCUUUAGACUCAGGAUGUGCUAGAGUCCAGAGAGAGGGGGACGAGGGGGGGGGGGGCGGUCUUAGAAAGGACUCCUCAUCCCCCUUCGUGGUGCUCCUGAAUCCUGUGUGUUGAGACGGCACUGUACCGUCUCAACUCUUUUUAGUUGGUCACUUUACUCUGCACAGGGAAGCUUCCCACCACUCAGUUGGUUUUAUGCAUUUCAGCACAGUUAAAAUGCAGAGAACAGUAUUAUAUUUCUGAUGUUUUAUCUUUAUAACGGUUGUGACGUCCUUGUACUUUAGAACGUGCACGUGUGCAAGAGGUUCCCUUUAAAUUGUCUUCGGACACGUUUUAGUAAAACAGUUUUCUUCUCUCAGGGAAAAGUAGACCACCUCUGAAGAGAUUAUGGAUGCAAUUACUGUUUAAACUCUUCCUACUCUCUCACUCUCUCUCACUUUCUGUCUCACGUGUAAAAUGAAAGGCAAAUUUUGUACAUCAAAUCUAACAUAUAUGUAUAGAUAGGAGAUCAUAUUAUAUGUUGCAUAUUUUUAUGUCAACCACUUAACAUUGUCCUGCAUUAUCACCUAAACCACGUUAUCAUCGAUUUUGGAUGCAAUGUCACAGCUGACGGAUUUCUCCUCUGGGUAAAUUGAAUCUUGGAUGUAGCAUAUGAAGUAUUAAUUCUGGGAAUUAGAUGCAAUGCGUUUGAAAAAGUUGAGUCUAGUUUGAAGCGGUUUCAGUGAGGAAAUCUGUUACAUUACAUAGCUGUUUAAAUAUAGUUUACUGUAGUUAAUGAACCAUGUAUUAAAUGCCAGUUAUCCAGAAUCGCCUGGUUCCCUGGCUAGUAUUCUGCCUCUGCGUAAUACCUUUAAGUAUCAAUAAAAGCAUUAACAUAAAAAAAUGUGCCCACCUGACCCUGACACACAACUGGAGGGAACACCCAUGUGAAAUGGUUCCUAAACCUCCAACGUGGCAGCCUGUUUAUUAAUCAAUGACAUCAUAUCGAAUGAUCUGCAAUCACACAAAACCAAUGAAGAAUUAUAACAGAAUCUAUGUAAAGAGUUGUAAUAAACGUUUUAGCAUU